AUGCCCGCCCUCCUAGAAGACCCCCAAAACCACAUCCCCCCACCCGCAACAGCCCUCAAACAAGCCCCCCUCCUAAAACCCCGCCAAACAACCCUCCCCAAAGCCAGCAACGCCCCCGUAACCCUCUACCCCAUCACCAACGGCCCUGACUGCCUCCCAGCCGAUCUAAUCAAGUAUCUGCACGCCGAGUUCUCAGCGGAGAUCGAGCGCGGGGCGACAUAUCCGAUGGAAGAGCCCAUGGAGCUGGAAAAGUUUGCGGGGUAUUGGUUUGGGACAUUCGCUGUUGUUGCGCUGCUGGGUGAGGAGGGGAAGAUUAGGGAGGGGAGGGAUUGGAAGAGGGAGUGCUUGGGGACGUUCUAUAUUAAGCCGAAUUAUCCUGGACGAUGCUCACAUGUGUGUAAUGCGGGGUUCCUGACGACCAAUGCGGCCAGGAAUAAGGGUGUUGGGAUUGUUAUGGGCGAGACAUAUCUGGAGUAUGCACCGAAGUUGGGCUACAAAUACUCCGUCUUCAACCUCGUCUUCGAAAACAAUACCGCCUCCGUCAAAAUCUGGGAAAAACUCGGGUUCAAGGUUAUCGGGCGAGUCCCCGGGUGUGCACGACUUGCUAACAGCGAGGAAUUGGUCGAUGCGUUGAUUAUUGGGCGGGAGUUGGUUUAG